AUGGCUCACCUCAUCCGACACAAGCUGACCAACAAGCUGACCAACGCCGCCCACACGGUGUCCCACAAAUCCCAGGCCAAGGUCAGCGGGGUGUUCGCCCGGCUGGGCUUCCAGGCCGCGACGGAUGAAGAAGGCGUGGGUUUCGCCGAGUGCGACGACUUGGACUACGAUUACAGACAGGGGAUGCAAAUGGACAUCCUUCAAGGCGACGAGGAAGAGGAUGGGGGAGAAAUCGGAGGAGAGGGGGAGAUGGAUGGGGACAGCCACUACCAAAGAGAUGGGACCGGUCCGAAGCCGCCGUCCCUCAAAACGGACGGUUCUUUCAGCGAGGAUAAACCAAAAAUCACCUCUUGGGAAGCAGGGUGGAACGUCACCAAUGCCAUUCAGGGCAUGUUCGUCCUUGGCCUGCCCUACGCCAUCCUCCAUGGUGGCUACCUCGGCCUCUUCCUCAUCAUCUUUGCCGCCGUGGUGUGCUGCUACACCGGCAAGAUCCUCAUUGCAUGUCUCUACGAGGAAAAUGAGGACGGUGUCCUGGUGCGUGUGAGGGACUCCUACGUGGACAUCGCCAACGCCUGCUGCACGCCACGCUUCCCCUCGCUCGGUGGCCACGUCGUAAACGUGGCGCAGAUCAUUGAGCUGAUCAUGACGUGUAUCCUGUAUGUGGUAGUCAGCGGAAAUCUGAUGUACAACAGCUUCCCGGGUCUGCCCGUCUCCCAGAAGGCCUGGUCGGUGGUGGCCACGGCUGCUCUCCUGCCCUGCGCCUUCCUGAAGAGCCUCAAGGCCGUGUCCAAGUUCAGCUUGCUGUGCACCCUCGCUCACUUCGUCAUCAACAUCCUAGUGAUAGCCUACUGCCUGUCCAGGGCCCGCGACUGGGCCUGGGAGAAGGUCAAGUUCUACAUUGAUGUCAAGAAGUUCCCCAUCUCAAUCGGCAUCAUUGUGUUCAGCUACACAUCCCAGAUCUUCCUGCCCUCUCUGGAGGGGAACAUGCAGAAGCCCAGCGAGUUCCACUGCAUGAUGGACUGGACUCAUAUCGCCGCCUGCGUCCUCAAGGGUCUUUUUGCCCUGGUGGCCUAUCUGACCUGGGCGGACACUACCAAAGAGGUGAUCACGGAUAACUUGCCAUCAACCAUCCGCGCUGUGGUGAACCUCUUCCUUGUGGCAAAGGCGUUGCUAUCCUAUCCUCUGCCGUUCUUCGCAGCGGUUGAAGUUUUGGAGAAAUCAUUUUUCCAAGAUGGUGGGAGAGCCAUUUUCCCUGACUGCUAUGGCCCCAGCGGGCAGUUAAAAUCAUGGGGUCUGGGCCUUCGUGUUACCCUAGUUGUCUUCACAUUGCUCAUGGCCAUCUUUGUUCCCCACUUUGCCCUCCUCAUGGGCUUAACCGGAAGCCUUACUGGCGCUGGUUUGUGCUUCCUCUUACCGAGCCUCUUCCACCUGAAGCUCCAGUGGAGGAGUCUGUUGUGGCAUCACGUGUUUUUUGAUGUUGCCAUUUUUGUUAUUGGUGGCAUCUGUGCCAUAUCCGGCUUUAUUCACUCCAUCGAAGGGCUGAUAGAGGCAUUCAAGUACAAUCUCCACGAAUGAAAGCUGGUGAAAAGAUGCUAGUAUUGAAUGGUGAUGUCCUGAAAUGCCAUUUUCACUUGGGGCGUAACGACGCAGACCACUGCGCAUGUCGAAUCAUUUUGACCACCUGACA